AUGUGGCCCGCGGGCCGUAGUUUGCCCAUGUCUGCCUCAGCCCCAGCUAACUCCAUUCCCACCUCCAGCCCUAAGCCCUCAGCCCCAGCUAACUCCAUUUCCACCUCCACCCCUCAGCCCUCAGCCCCAGCUAACUCCAUUUCCACCCCUCAGCCCUCAGCCCCAGCUAACUCCAUUUCCACCCCUCAGCCCUCAGCCCCAGCUAACUCCAUUUCCACCCCUCAGCCCUCAGCCCCAGCUAACUCCGUUUCCACCCCUCAGCCCUCAGCCCCAGCUAACUCCAUUCUCACCUCCAGCCCUCAGCCCCAGCCCAGGCCACAGCUAAUUCCAGCCAUCCCCAGCCCCAGCCAGCCCCACCAUCCACAACCCCAGUCUUCCCCAGCACAAGCCAUCCACAGCCCCAGCCAACCCCCAGCUAUCCCCAAAACCAGCCAACCCAAGCCCAAGCCAACACAAGCCCCUCCCCAGUCAUCCAUCCCCAACAAUUCCCCUACAACCCCAGCCACCCCAAGCCAACUCCAGCCAGACAUCCCGAGCCAACUCCAGCCACAGCCACCCCAAGCCAACUCCCGCCCAAGCCAUCCACAUCCCCAGUCCGAGCCAUCCCAAGCCAUCCCCCAGCUAUCCCCUUCCCCAGCCAACUCCAGCCAUCCCUCCCCAGCAAUCCCCAGCCAUACCCAGCCAACUCCAGCCCCAGCCAUCCCAAGACAAAGCAAGCCCCCACCAUUUAUCCACAGCCCCAGCCAUACCCAGCCAUCCCCGGCCCCAGAUAUCCCCAGCCAACUCCAGCAUUUCCAGCCUGGCCAACUCCAGCCAUCCAUCCCCAAGCCACAGGAAACUCCAGCCCCAGCCAACUCCAACCAUCCACAACCAUUCCCAGCCAUCCCCAGCCAUCCAUCCACAGCCAUCCCCAGCUCUAUCCCCAACCAUCCCCAGCCAACUCCAGCCAUCUACAGCCAUCCCCAGCCUACCCCAGCCAACCCCAUCAAGACCCAGCCAUACCUCAGACCAAGCCAGACCCAGCCCCAGUCACCUAUCCACAGCCCAAGCCAUCCACAUCCAGCCACAGCCAACCAAAACCAACUUCCAGCCCCAGCCAUCCACAUCCCCAGUCCCAGCCAUUCCCAGCCAUCCCCUUCCUCAGCCAACUCUAGCCCCAGCCACCCCCCAGCCAAAUCUGGCCAGCCCCAGCCUACACUAGCCAGCCCCAGCCUACCCCAGCCAUCCCCAUCAAGACACAGCCAUCCCCAGACCAAGCCAGCCCCCCAACUCCAUCCCCAGCCAACUCCAGCCAUCUACAACCAGCCCAGCCACCUCCAGAAAACACCAUCCCGAGCCAUCCACAGCCCACCCCAACCAUUCCCCAGCCCCAGCCAUCCCCCAGCCAACUCUAGCCAUCUCCAGCCCCAGCUUACCCCAGCCAUCCCCAGACCAAGCCAGCCCCCCAACUCCAUCCCCAGCCAACUCCAGCCAUCCACAGCCAGCCCCAGCCACCUCCAGCAAACACCAUCCCGAGGCAUCCACAGCCCACCCUAG